CUAGCAAAGAGAGCGAAGCUGAACACAUGGGUGGGUACCAUCAACCUGCCCCGCACCAACGAGAGAGUAGAGGAAGGGGACGUGUGCAGCGUUGCCGGCUGGGGCAGAACUAGCACAGAGAGUGAAUCGACCCCGGACAAACUCCAGGAGGUGGAGGUGAUGGUGAUGCCGGAUGACGCAUGUCCAAAGAAGCCUUAUGGGCCAUAUGAUAACUAUAACCCCUCCACCAUGAUGUGUGUGGGGAACCCAGCACAGGGCAAAGACUCUUCACAGGGCGACUCUGGAGGACCCCUGGUGUGUGAGGAAACAGCCCAGGGCAUCGUCUCCUGGGGGCCUUGCAGAGCUCCCGGAGUGUACACAAGAAUCUCCACAUUCAUCCCCUGGAUAAAGAAGAUGAUGAGGAAGUUGCAGCCCUGA